AUAGCUAUUGUGACAGUCACAAAGUACACUAUACUAUAUAUCAUUUUGUAGUUUCUCUACAAAAGCCAUCAUCAUAUCUAUCUACACUGGCUUUGUCCUUUGCUUGUGUUACAGAGACUGAGUUACUAGCAAAUGGGUUCUCACCAAUUACAAGAACAAACAUGGCUCCUGGAGAAUGGAAACAUCAAGGGGUUGAGCAAGGAGACGAAGCAUGGCCGCACUGCACACAACAUGUCAUCAUCUUCAUUGCGCAAGAAAUCUGACCGCACUCUUGUGUCCAAGGUUCGCUGUGCUUUGCUUAGAAACUUGCUUGUUAACUUCCAAGAGGUUAUUCUUGGAACCAAGCUUUCCAUUCUCUUCCCUGCCAUUCCUGCUGCCAUCUUUUCUCAAUGCUAUGGCUUUGGAAGACCCUUGGUUUUUGUGUUGAGCUUAGUUGGGCUUACCCCACUUGCUGAACGUGUAAGCUUCAUCACUGAACAAGUUGCCUAUUACACUGGUCCCACAGUUGGAGGGCUUCUAAAUGCAACAUGUGGGAAUGUUACUGAGCUUGUAAUAGCAAUACUUGCACUCAGUAGUAACAAAAUUGCUGUGGUUAAGUAUUCUCUCUUGGGUUCCAUCCUUUCAAACCUUCUUCUGGUUCUUGGAACUUCUCUAUUCUGUGGUGGCAUUGCAAACCUUAGAGCGGAACAAAAAUAUGACAGAAGACAAGCAGAUGUGAACUCACUUAUGCUGCUUCUGGGAUUGUUGUGCCACUUGCUUCCAAUGCUGUUCAGAUAUGGUGCUGCCUCACCUGCUCUCACUGCAGACCCAUCUCUCUACUUGUCAAGAGCUUCUAGUAUUGUGAUGUUGAUUGCAUAUUUUGCUUACCUUGUUUUUCAACUAUGGACACACCGGGAAUUAUUUGAAGCUGAAGAGGAAGUUGGAGAUGGCAACAAUGCUUCAGAAGAACAAGCUGUGAUUGGAUUCUGGAGUGGCUUUGCUUGGCUAGUUGGGAUGACUGUGUUCAUUGCUUUGUUGUCUGAAUACGUGGUGGAUACAAUUGAGGAUGCAUCAGAUUCAUGGGGUUUGUCUGUUAGCUUUCUCAGCAUAAUCUUGCUUCCAAUUGUUGGCAAUGCAGCUGAACAUGCAGGAGCAGUCAUAUUUGCUUUCAAGAACAAACUGGACAUUUCAUUGGGUGUUGCAUUGGGUUCUGCAACUCAAAUUAGCAUGUUUGUGGUUCCUCUAUGCGUGACUGUUGCUUGGAUAAUGGGUGUCAAAAUGGACCUCAACUUCAACCUCUUAGAGACAGGUUCUCUUGCUUUGGCAAUAAUAGCCACAUCCUUCACUUUACAGGAUGGUUCUUCUCACUACAUGAAAGGACUUAUUCUCCUGCUAUGCUACAUUGUUAUUGGGGCUUGCUUCUUUGUACAGAGAACACCCUUUGACCAAGCAAAUGUGACUAACAUCACAGUUAAAUCAGCCACUGAUGCAGUUUUAAGUGCCUAGUAGGAUUUUUGGCCUAUUUUGGUCCCUUCCUGAGAUGAAGGAUGGUGGCAUCCAAACUCAAAUGGAGAUUCAAUGAAUUGGUUAUUUGUUCAUUUCAAUCAUUUUGUCAUAUCCAGAUACAAGGCAGAAGAAGUUUGCAAGUAAUUUAAUUGCAAGCUGUGAAUAGAUCUCUGCUAGUGAUUUUGUGUCCAAGAUUUUUAAUCAUAUGGAUGUUAUAUCACAGAGAUUUCAAAUAA